AUGGCGUCUCGAAACUUUCGGUGGGAGCUUCUCGCAGCUUCGUUAGCCCUAACCUUAGCUUUGAUUCACCUUGUCGAAGCAAACUCCGAGGGAGAUGCUCUUUACGCUCUUCGCCGGAGUCUGUCGGAUCCAGACCGUGUUCUCCAGAGCUGGGAUCCGACUCUUGUUAAUCCCUGUACCUGGUUCCAUGUCACCUGUAACCAAGACAACCGUGUCACUCGAGUUGAUUUGGGUAAUUCAAACCUAUCUGGACAUCUUGCGCCUGAGCUUGGGAAGCUCGAACAUUUGCAGUAUCUAGAGCUCUACAAAAACAACAUUGAAGGAACUAUACCUUCCGAACUUGGAAAUCUGAAGAAUCUCAUCAGCUUGGAUCUGUACAACAACAAUCUUACUGGGAAGAUUCCUACUUCUUUGGGAAAAUUGAAGUCUCUAGUCUUUCUACGACUUAAUGACAACCGGAUAACUGGUCCAAUCCCUAGAGAACUCACGGCAAUCCCAAGCCUUAAAGUUGUUGAUGUCUCGGGCAAUGAUUUGUGUGGAACAAUCCCAACAACAGGACCUUUUGCACACAUUCCUUUGCAGAACUUUGAGAAGAACCCGCGAUUGGAGGGGCCAGAAUUACUCGGUCUUGCAAGCUACGACACUAACUGUACCUGA